CAAUACUCCGUCACAACCUCCAGACGAUCAAGACAACACCAGCGUCCUUCUCGAUGCUUUCCCUGACCGACAAGAUCUCCGAGUGCUGGCAGAUUAUCUUAUGAAGCAAGAGUGGUUACAACAAGAUCGCAUUGAGCCAGACUUGCUAUCAAUAGACAGGGUGAUGCACCCGGCCUUAAGAGAGAGGAAACGACCUAUCAGUGCGAACAUAAGACAGAGAGGAAGGAUGAAGCUGUGGCACACUCUAGGUCGCAUUUCCAAUAUCGACCAUUUCAUUGCGAAGGAAAAUGCGGCAGAGAGGGAUG